AUGACCAAGAUUAAUGCCCUCCGUCGAUUCCUCCUCCCUUGUUUCUCUCCUCCCACCACCAUCAGCACCACCACAAUCACCACCAAGAAACGCCUAAGCGCCUCCCUUCGUGACGAUCUCGAAGGCCCCAUCGGCACCAAUCAAGAACCUGAAAACCAAGAAGCCCAAGAAUCCACCUCCCCACAAUCAACAACCAACCACAUGAUCACAUUAGCCCCACCACGCCCUUCAAAAACAAUGGUGAUCGGUACCAUUUUCGGCAGCCGCAGAGGCCACGUUUGGUUCUGCAUCCAACAUGACCGUCUCUCCACCAAACCUCUUCUCCUUCUUGAACUCUCAAUCCCCACCCACCAACUCGUUAAAGAAAUGCAAUGUGGGCUGGUCCGUAUUGCGCUUGAGUGCGAUCGGUCUGAGUUGAACUCUGUCCAACUGCGAUCAGUCCCAGUCUGGACAUUGAAUUGCAAUGGGAAGAAAGCUGGUUUUGCUCUAAGGAGAAAGGCCACCGAGCAGAUUUGUUUGAUGUUGAAGACAAUGCAGUCAAUGACAGUUGGUGCAGGUGUUAUUCCGGCCGGGUUUGGGGCAUCUUCGGAUUCAGAGGAGAUCAUGUAUAUGAGGGCUAAUUAUGAGCAUAUGGUUGGUGGUGCUGAUUCAGAGUCGUUUCAUUUGAUUAACCCAGAAGAGUAUCCUGGUCAAGAACUCAGUGUGUUCUUGAUGAGGAUUGAGGAGAAUACCAUCCACAAAAUCUCAUAUUCGAAUCUUCCUAGACUUUUGAAGUCUCAAAUAGCCCUUUUUGUCCUAACUAACUAUUGGAUCAUGACAGAUGCUGACAGCUUAAACCAACAGAGAAUCAGGUUGUUUUCGAUGUUGGAAGGAAAAGUUGUACUGUGCGAGACAGACGUGCCAGAGCAGAUGCAGAGUCAUGUCAUGGAAUUAGCUUAUCAGGCUCUUGAUGUACAUGAGAAAUUUGAUGAAGCUUAUGGGCCAGCAUGCCACUGUGUUGUUGGAAAGGACUUUGGCUCUAGCAUUACACACUUAUGUAGAAGUUUCAUUUUUUUCCGUGUGGAGAAGAUGGAGUUUUUAAUCUUCAAAGAUGGUAGGGACUUCAGUGAAAGCGAGGAGGAAGCUAUUGGAGUGCUGGAGCAAUUCAAGAAAGAAAAGAGACACAGAUUCAUAUAA